AUGCACAUGGUGCAACAAAGCAAAGCACCCCAGGACCCGGCCACCUGGAGAGCACCCGGACACUGGCCACCUGGAGAGCACCCGGACCCUGGCCACCUGGAGAGCACCCGGUCCCCGGGAGAGCACCCGGACCCUGGCCACCUGGAGAGCACCCGGCCACCUGGAGAGCACCCGGACCCUGGCCACCUGGAGAGCACCCGGUCCCCGGGAGAGCACCCGGACCCUGGCCACCUGGAGAGCACCCCGGAUCCCGGCCACCCAGAGAGCACCCCGGUCACCCGGAGAGCACCCGGACUCCAGCCACCCAGAGAGCACCCGGACCCCAGUCACCUGGAGAAGACCCGGUCACCAGAAGAGCACCCAAGUCCCCUGGAGAGCACCCCGGACUCCGGUCACCUGGAGAGGACCCCAGUCACCUGGAGAGCACCCCAGUCACCUGGAGAGCACCCUAGUCAACUGGAGAGCACCCCAGAUCCCCAUCACCCAGAGAGCACCCCAGUCACCCACAGAGCACCCAGACUCCAGCCACCCAGAGAGCACCCAGACCCCCAUCACCUGGAGAGCACCCCGGCCACCCAGAGAGCACCCAGACCCCCAUCACCUGGAGAGCACCCCGGUCACUCAGAGAGCACCCAGACCCCCAUCACCCAAAGAGCACCAGGACCCCAGUCACCUGGAGAGCACCCCGACCCCAGCGACCUCGAGAGCACCCAGGCCCCAGCCACCUGGAGAGCACCCCGACCCCAGCCACCUCAAGAGCAUCCAGACCCCGGUCACCCGGAAAGCACCCGCAGAGCAUCCGGACCCCUGUCACCUCGAGAGCAUCCAGACCCUGGUCACCUGGAGAGCACCCAGACCCUGGUCACCCAGAGAACACCCUGGUCACCCAGAGAGCACCCGGACCCCAGUCACCUGGAGAGCACCCCUGUCACCUGGAGAACACCCCUGUCACCCAGAGAGCACCCCUGUCACCCAGAGAGCACCCCUGUCACCCGGAGAGCACCCCUGUCACCCGGAGAGCACCUGGACCCCAGUCACCUGGAGAGCACCCCUGUCACCUGGAGAACACCCCUGUCACCCGGAGAGCACCUCAGUCACCUGGAGAGCACCCCUGUCACCUGGAGAGCACACCUUUCACCUGGAGAGCACCCCUGUCACCCGGAGAACACCCUGGUUACCCGGAGAGCACCCCAGUUACCUGGAGAGCACCCUGGUCACCUGGAGAGCACCCUGGUCACCUAG